AUGAGCAAUAAGCACCUGCAUAGCAAACGUAUACCAACUAGUCAUACAGGUAGUAAGCGCAAAAGGUAUAAGAAGAAAAAUAAAGACAUCGUGUGCAUACACAGACCGGAUGACAUUGAUGAAUCUCUUAUUGAUAAGUUCAAGAAUAGGCAAAAAACAAGCGAGAUGGAAUGUCAUAUAAAAAAAGCAAUCUUUCGAAACGAAUUAUUCAACCUUGAUGAUAGACUAGAUUUUGAAAAUGGAGAUUUAAUUGUGAAGAACAUCAGGAUGUGUAUAACAACCUCGUCAUUUCCAUCAAGAGACGGUGAUUACAUCUUUGUAGGCGUUAAAAACGUGUUUGAUGGACAAUCCACAUUUACCUUUGCUUCUGGAGAGUCUGAGAUUUAUCUCUUUGAUAAAGAAAUGCUUUUGAGACACGUACUAAGGUUUUCAUAUGGAUAUUGUAGAAAGAUAAAAACAAGAUUGGUGGGUAAAAGCAUAAGCUGUGUUGCAUUAUUCAGUGACGGUAUAAUCAGAAGAUUUGAGUUCAAUGGUGAAGUAACAAAUAUGCGCGAAGUAAAUGCAAAGGAAAUAGUGGAUAUUGAAGUUAAUAAAAACCACGGUAUCAUCUUUGCAACAAAUGGUAGCAGUGUUAUCUGGAUAUCUGGAGAGUCCAUUGUUUCUAGAUUUGGCAUAGCAAAAGGAUUGAUUACAUCGAUUGCAAUUAGAGAACCUGAGAAUGAAGAUGGAAGUAUAAUGGAGCAUAAAAAAAGCAUAAACAGAAACAAUAUAAAUGAAAGCACAAUUGAGUUCUAUGCAUUAUCGUUGAGUGGAAAGAUUAUUACGUUUGACUUCAGCUUUCAGGAAGUAAAAAAUGCUUCAUUUCCUUCUGGAUACACGUUUAUCAAGACUUUGGAGUCAAGCAAUAACGUGCUUAUUGUGGAUACUCUUAAUAAUUCAACAAAGACGAUUUGUUCAAAGAGCGAUAUGAAAAAGACGAGUGCAGUAUUCAAUUAUUCCAUUUCGUGCCUGGAUAACUAUGGCAAAAGUACAAUAACUGGUGGUUUUGACGGAGUGGUGCGAUGUGCAACGCUCAAUAAGAGGAAUGCAAAUGAAAAGCCGAUCUUUCAACUCGUAAGAAGGAGCACAGAUGUAUUACUAGGGCACUUGCACAAGGAAUUCAAGAUUUUCGAUCCCCAAGGCAGACUUCGCAAUGACUUUUGGGAAAAGGUUGUUGGUGUUCAUGUUGGAAAUGAUUUUUUGUAUGCUCUGUAUAGUUGUGGAAUUAUUAUUAUUAUGAAGCUAUCAUGA